CUCUUGUUUUCUAUUAUGCCGCCCAAAAAGGCGGCAGCAAAGGCAGCCCCCAAGGAAGCCGCUUCGACGACACCCCAACCAGCGCCAGCACCGAUCUCGAAUGCCCUUGUACCUAGGGGGACUCGGAAUGUUGUCCAAAGUGGGAAAAGUAAAACGAAGAGAGACGGGGAAGGUCGAAAGCCAACGACUGCACGCGCCCUUAUCCUCCGCAAUGCGGCUCGUGGGGCCGGAGAAGUCAUGCUCGUCUCAAAACUACUCGGUCGUGAAAAACUUGACCUCCUUCUCGAGGACAUGAUCAAGCAGAAAGCUGCUGGCGCAAUCAUGACCCCUUUCCAACUGGAAAGCGCUAUCAAGAUUGCAGACUCUCAAUGCAGUUCAUUCCUCGACGAUAUCGCGCAUCUUCAAGAUCCAGUAUUAUUUGUGCCUAUAAUUGACAUGGAGUGGUCAUCUCGCAUUCCUACAAAGGACCCCAAAGCGCAAGAGCCACUCAAAAGCGCAAGUGCCGUUGCCAGAACGGUCGCCACGAGAAUCCACAACACCUACAUGCUUGCAGCAGCAUGGAAACUCGUUGCGGAUACAGUCCAUGACUUGGAGGAUAUGGGCUUACGCGAUGAUAUGGACAUCAAGACACAAUUGAAAAACGACCCUGAAUUGCGCAUCAAGUACAUUGCUCUCUAUACCUUUGUCGUCAACACACUAGUCAAAUUCUUACAAGAUCGUUUUUCAGUGCUAGCGACGACUACACCCCAUUUUGCGCAAUACUUCAAGGUCAAGGAGCCCGGCGAAGACGACAAUCUCGAGGAGCAAUGCAUAUUCGAUCUUGAAGCUCUCCGGGCGGCCGGAAAGUCUUUUCUCGAUUCGAUCAUUCUUGAGAUUAGUUUCCCCAAUGGCCGUUAUGACCAAAACUUACUCAUGGAGCUACUUCGCGACGCAGUCGAUGAGGCUCCAAGAGAUAGUAAGCGGUUUCCACAAACCCUUUGGGACGCAGUGGGCGAUCUUUCUGAGGCCGUUCGGCUCUGUGCCAUGCUUGAAGCGCCAUUGCUCGAUCCAAUGUUCGCUGACGCCAAAGCUGCCCCAGCGGAGAAGCUUCCUGGAUACGAUGCGUGGUUUGACGCGAUGAUGUUGUCGCUCAAGGCUACGGAGGAUGUCACGCCUUUCAAGGACAUCAUCUUUCCCCUCGCCAAAGCUAAGAAACAGGCGAUACUCGAGACCAUGUGGAAAGCUAUCAACCAGAUGUACAAGGCCUCAACCAAGAAGGACAUAGACUCACUUUGGCGUUUGAAUGAGGCUCUCAAUCGUACCCCACAAUGGCACACGAUCCAUGUUCCUGGGCUGAAGAUUGCCAACGAGGGCAAACCAGAAAAGAAGAAAAUGCUUACAAUUACGGAAGGUGGGGAGGAUACCGAUGGCUCGAUGCCGGAGCUGCAGUCUGUUUCCAACUCGUCAGAGGAGGACGAUGAUGACGAAUCUGAAUCUGAAGACGAGGAAGAAGACGACGGAGAUGAAACCAGCAGCGAGUAUGACGAGGAUGCAGCAGAUGAAAUUCGCGAUCAAGUGCGUGAAGCGAUGGAUGCUGCAUAUGAAGGCGAUCUAUUUGAGAAACCAGAUGAAACAGAGGAGGACUCAUCAAAGGGCAACGCAUUCUUGAAACUUCUCGGGUCUCUCCGUGGGCGUGUGUUCAACUCAAGCACUAAACUUGGUGGGAAGAAAGCCCCUGCCGCCCGCAACCCCAAGACUGGAUUUUUCGGUAAGACCAAAGCUGGCCCUCCCCCCAAGACCUCUGAGCAACCCACUGCUACUGCCAAACCCAAAGGCAAGCAGGCGGCAACAGUCGAAGAGGUUGAUGACGAUGACGAUGACAAGCCCUCUGCUCCCAAGAAGAAGAAGAAAAAGCCCAAGAAGAAAAAGAAAGCGGCCGGUGCUGGUGGCGGAACCGCAGAGGCGGAUGGCGACGGUGAUGACGGUGCUGAAGAAACAACACCGGCUCCUCCUUCGACAACAACCACAACCACAACCUCGCCAACUCCGACUUCACCAGCCAAAAAGACUCCUGUUGCCAAAGCUGCUGGGGUUGCUGGUCUCGCCGCGCAGAUGUCUACUGUCUCGCUCGCUUCAACCGAAACCCUUGCACAGUCUGCUCAUUCCUAUCUCAAGUCAGAGAAUCUACUUGAAGCCAAGGCCAAGGUCAAAACUACUGGCACGGCCGCUCCCGAGAAGAAGCAUCGCGGAUUCAUGUCUAAGUUCACCAAGGAGAAAAAGACAGAAGAGCCCAAGAAGCCCAGACCCGGUCUUUUCUCUCGAUUAUCCAAAAAGGCAACCAACAGCAUGCAUCAACUCCUUCGCACUUCCGAAGAUGAGACGAGGGGACUGUCCUCGAUGAAGUGGGAGACAUUCGUCAAGCUCAUGGUUGAGCUGGGCUUCACAUAUGACCCCGGCACGGCUGGGUCCAGUGUCCGCUUUGACCCUCCAGACCCCAAGGAUGUCUCUAUCACUUUCCACAAGCCCCACCCUGAUCCGACCAUCCACCCAAUCAUGCUCCGCGAAUUCGCCAAGAGGCUUAAGAAGAGUUAUGGCUGGGUUGAGGCGGAUCUCCUGGGUCACCCCUCAAUGGUUUGA